CGCGAAGAACCUAACUACUAACCUCAAAACCAAGUGUAAAAAGAACAUACGAACUUUUUCCGAGGUAUUAUGACGUCAUCAGAUGACAACGAAAUGGAGCUUCAAAAGCCUCAUUCUUCAGAACCUCCGAUUGACAACAAUUCUGAAACAAGUAUUCAUAGAGGUGAAUUUUUACAGUCCGAAUUGUGCCUGAAAGAACCACUAUGGAAUCUAUGGUCAUUUCUACUUCUUUCUGUGGCCACUUUUUGUGUUCUAUGGUCUCUUACUGGGGACAUGAUGCUGCCAUACAAAGAUGCCGGAUACCUGUUCACUAUAUUCUUGAUUUAUCUGGCUGCAGUUAUUUUAUCCAAACUUGCCAUUUUACUGAAGAUGCCAGGAUUGGUGGGAAUGCUGAUUGCAGGCAUAGCUGUUCGACAAUUGCCAAUUCCCGCAAUCGACAACAGCAGCGGCAUCUCGAGUAGUCUGCGCAACAGCGCCUUCGCAAUCAUCCUGAUCAGAGCCGGAAUGAGUCUCGAUCUCAAGUCCAUAUUUCGACUGAAGAAGACUGUGUUUCUUCUGACUUUCGUGCCUGGAUGUACGGUUGAAGCUUCUGUGGUGGCUGUGAUAUCAUACUUCAUUCUAGACUUCCCUUUGAUAUGGGGUUUCAUCCUGGGCUUCAUCUUGGCAGCUGUUUCUCCUGCCGUAGUAGUUCCUUCACUAAUUGCACUUCAGGAGAGAGGGCUUGGAGUAGAACAGGGCAUUCCCUCUCUCAUCAUAGCGGCCGCCAGUCUGGAUGACAUAUGUGCCAUUCUGGGAUUCUCACUUGCUUUCGACAUCUGCAUGGCAACUGGGAACGCGACAUCUUAUAUCAUGCUCUUGGUCGAACUGAUUGGCGGGGUCGCCCUAGGAGUGUUUCUGGGACUCCUCAUUUAUAUCUUUCCUCCUCUCAAAUCUCAAAAUACUAUCUCAUCUAAGAAGUUUUUCAUCACAAUCCUUCUAAUAUGUGUAGUUUUUGUCCUCGGCGCUUCUCGUCUCGAUGCGCGAGGUGCAGGACCUUUGUCGUGUUUGAUCUUCGCUGUGAUUGUCGGCCGAAAGAACCCAGCAGUCAGCGAAGUCAUGGAGUCGUGGUUUAAACAGCUGUGGCAACUUUUGAUGCCUUUUCUCUUCGGUCUGAUUGGCUACGAAGUUGACCUUUUAGUCGUGAUGAACAUCCGGGCUCUGCUUUGUGUACUUGUGAUUACAGUCGGACUCAUAUUUCGGGUUGCUGCCAGCUUUUUGUGUACUUUCGGGAGUAAUUUGAACUGGCGUGAAAUGUUGUUCGUGGCUGUCGCCUGGAGUCCAAAAGCCACAGUGCAGGCCGCAAUUGGCUCAGUUCCUCUGGACUACAUCAAGUCUCACAACGUUAAGACGGAAAAUUACGAGGCUUAUGCGAGUGAUGUUCUGACAACUGCUGUGCUGGCCAUUCUGCUAACUGCACCUCUUGGGGCAAUAGCUAUACAGUUACUUGGUAGAAAACUACUUCGCACUGGUUUACAAUCACAGCUGGACGAGAAAGUCGAAAGUGGUUCUCCUCAAACUGAAAAUGAGAAGCAAAUAAAACAAUCUGAAACUUGAAAUAUUUUCAUUAAAUACACUCAAUCAGAUUUUUAUUUCAAUAGAGAUAAGUUGUUUUGUUUAGUUUCCCAUAACUCGGCUGAUUUUGUGGUUCAACUAUUUGUAUGAA